AUGAAUAACAACUCUGCAGCCUCAUCUUCGAGGACUUGUAGUCUACGAUCUUCAACCGUAGCAGCUCGAACACCUCGAGCAAACAACCCCAGCGGUAGCGGUGUCGGUCGACAAUCACCAGCAAUGCGUCGACAACGUGCCAGCCCUCUCACAAACAACGCUGGUAUCAAUAAAACCAGAGCCAAGAAGCCCAAGAAGCCAAGGAGACCCGAAACCUCCAAAAACAUCGUCCCCACGUUCCCAAGCGUGGUUUACAACCCCGAGACCGCGCCUGCCGGUGUAACACCGCAGCUUUUUAAGAGCCGAAAUCCAUACCGUCAAUGGGAACAAACGUAUGGACUGCUUGUGCCUCAUCCUGUCGACGAGCGCGAGCAUCCUAUCUAUCCUGGCGAUCCAUUGGGGCCUCCGUUGCGCUAUUGUAGCAGAGAACGAAGUUGGAAACCGAGAGGAGAGUUUGCUUUGGAUCCGGAGGACCCGACGAAGUUGGCUGUUAAUAAUACGGGGUAUGCGGGUACUUCUUGCACUCGAUGUAUCGUGCGGAAGGCGCUUGCUAGGCAGAGUAGGCUGGAGGAGGAGGAGGAGGAGGAGGAAGAAGAAGAGGUACCAGUAGUAGUACCACCGAAGAAGAAGAGGGCCAAAAGGGCCAAAAACUCAGAGUUACAAAGAAUGGAGAAGGAACUAGCAAUGGCAGAGAAACAGGUCCAGAGGGACGAAAAGGAAGAUCGGCUAUACCAGCAGACGCUAAUACCAAAGCAGAGAAGAAGAGAGGAGCGAGAUAGGCUUCGCCUAGAGGUAGCGAGGAAAAAGGCAGAAGAUGGCGAUUUUGCCGAGGACGACCUUGCCGAUGAUGACGACAUGACAUUUGGUAACCGAGGGCUCUCUCCUAUAGAGGAGAACGACGAAUUAACCCCAAUUCCUGAGUCUGAAGACAGAGAACAGGGUAAUUACGACAGUCAAAGUCCUGGUCGAGCUUCUGAAGAUCAAUUCGAUGACAUGUUUGACGUGGAUGGAGAUGCUAAUAUGGAUGAUUUCUUUGCGAAUACGAACUACUCGGAUUUUGCUUAUCCUGGUUCUCCUGUUGUUCCUACUCGUCCUGUAGCUCGUACUACCCAUCCUACUGGUACUACUCGUCGCAAUUAUGCUGCUAAUGCUGCUAAUGCCAUCAAUACCAACAAUAUACUUCGAGCCCCUUCUGCCAGCACCCUCCGCAUCCCAGCUCCAGCUCCUGUCCCAACUCCAGCCCCAGGUACUAGCGACCGCGCAGCCCGAGCCCGAGCCCUCCAUUCUCAACGCUAUUACUCUGAUAGCGCCACAAUUCCUCCUCCUCCUCCUCCAUCUCCUACUACUGUUCCUACUUGUACUCGUACCCUGGCACAAUCACAAGCACAGGCAGAAGCACGAGUACGAGCACAAGUAUCUUCUCACUCUAACCGACCUGCACAAUCUUCCCAGUACCAAUCUACUUCAUACCAACCUGCCUCAUACCAAUCUGCACAAAACCAAGCUCCGCAUUACGAAUCGUCCCGAUACGACUCCCAGCCAUCUCCCGGCCAUUUCGAAGAAGCUUUUGCGUCUUUGAGAACUCGUGUGGAUGAUAAUGAUUAUAGUUAUGAUGAUGCUGUUGAGGAAGAUCCAGAAAACUCGGAUGAUCCGGAGUAUUUAAGGAGAAUGCAGAAGUAUUAG